AUGCUGAUCACUGUGAAAGGGGAGGAGCGCACUUGUCACUACAAGUUCGGAGCAUACCACCCACAGAUAUACGACAUGUUUACCUGCGCUUGGUGUUACACCUUCUUGUUUCCAAAACGAGGCUUGACAGCACAUCCAGGCCAUCCUUUCCUGUUCCUGACAUCAGAGACAGGAAGAAUUCAAGCUCGAUUUAAUCCUGACGCUAAGAAUGAUACAGCUAGGACUGAAAUUUGCCGAACGUUGACUGAUGAACAGUGUCAGAGAUGGCAAUCAUGCUGCUUUGCUGCGCAUGACUGUUGUGAGGAACAACUCUCACUUCCGCCACCAGAUAAUUCUACCUGUCAAGCCACGUGGGACGGAUAUGGUUGCUGGGGUAAAAAAGCGCCUUCUACAGUCAACUAUAUGAAUUGUCCACUCUACAUGUCUUAUUCUAUUCCUACGCGGCAAGCGGAAAAGAUAUGUCUGCCAAACGCCACGUGGCUGAUGAAAACAGGAAUGUAUUGGACAGAUUAUACAUCGUGUUCAAAUUAUAAGGACCUAAAGACCUCACUCUAUCUUGGUAUGGGAUGUAGUAUAUUCAGUGUCAUCGUCCUGGUUCCUGCUAUAUAUAUCUUUGUCAGAUACAAGGCACUUCGGAAGCAGCACCGGAUACGACUACAUAUCAACUUUUUCCUGGCUCUCUUGCUGAAGGAAGUGAUGACCAUAUUAUGGGAUAUGCUGGUGACGUAUGACCGUUUAUCACAUGAGGAUGCUUUCAAUACCAUACUUGUACAGAAUGGGGUGGGAUGUAAAGUGCUCUCCUUCUUCAUGAUCUACUUUAAAUGCACGAGUUUUACAUGGAUGUUUUGUGAAGGGUUCUAUCUUCAUCGUUUAAUGAGUGACGCGUUUUCCCCUCCACGGUCCUUAAUCACGCUUUAUGUGACUGGUUGGGGUAUUCCUCUUCUAUCGUCAACCAUCUACGCUAUAAUCCGUGGAAUAUAUGCCAACGAAAGUUGCUGGUCUACUAGUUAUGAGGAUAAAGAGUGGAUAUUUUAUGCCCCUAACUUAGCAUGUUUAAUUGUAAAUUUCAUAUUUUUAUGUAACAUCCUGAGGAUCCUUCUCACACAACUGCAGUCCCAUCCUAAUGAACCAAGUAAUUUCCGGAAGGCCGUUAAGGCCACAUUCGUGCUGAUCCCGUUAUUUGGAGUACAACUAUUUGUUACAAUCUACAGAAUCCCAGUUAACAAACAAGCAGGACUUGAGUACGAGAGAUUCUCUUUAUUUUGUAAUAAUUUACAAGGGUUUUUUGUCGCUCUCAUAUUUUGCUUCCUGAAUAGUGAGGUAAGCGACAUCGUGGCGUUGCCGUGCUCAUAUAAACAGUCAGCCGUGAUCACUCACUUGAGAAAAACAUGGAGACGUCGAAUUAGAGACAGAUCAUUUGGAGGAUCCAAGCGACUCCACACAUCCCUCAACCAGACUUUAUCAUUCAACACAGACACUCUAGAUAGAAAGUCAUCUGAUAAACGGAACCGGAAAGAGAAUUAUCAAAUGGACGACAAAGUGAAUGGUGAUAUCGUGUCAAAUGAAACGAGGGGAAAUGACAUCAGAUACAAUCCAGUUCCGGUCACUGACGAACAGUAUUCACUGUCUGACACUAAUCACGAGAAAUGUAUGCUGCAUUGA